UGGUGUAUGUUUUUGUGAGAAAAAAAAGAUGUAAAAGAAAGAAAUAAAAAUAAGAACAUGUAUGUAGAAGAUGCAGGAUAAGGACAAGAUUUGAAAAAAAAUCUUAAGUUUUUUUGUGGGCAAAAAGGUAUCGCCAACCUUGUUGUCGCCUGGGUUCUAAGGUUACUUGGGCACCUGAUCUAAAUCUAAGGUUUUCCAAUGAUUGUUAAAUCUUUCCAAUGAUUGUUGAACCCCUCCAAUGAUUCCAACCUCUUUCCAAUGAUUUCAACCUAUUUACAAUGAUUAUUUUUACUUUUACAAUCAUUGUUUUCGACUUUCCAAUCAUUGUUAGCUCCUAGUAUUUGCCGCUAUGGUAGGUAUAAUGCCAUCCAUGGAUAUCCAUCUUGAUAGAUAUAGUGAAAUAAUGCCUUGGCUAAGCAAUUAUUACUUCAACAUGCAUGGACUCGGGUUUCUUGCCAUUUGUCGAGACCAUCCCUGUUACCUGAUAUCGAGGUUAGGCAAAAUAACUGCCACCCUUGUAACACAAGUGAUCGACACAUUCUACAUUGGACCUUUAGAUUGAAUUAUAUCCACGCGCCCAGGUUAGCAAGAUCUAUUUUGCCGGCAUUACACGUUGCGGAGACACGUUCACAUAUUAAAAGGUCAAUAUGGACACCUCAUCACGUAAAUACCUCUUACCUGGGCUGGGGUUUGUAUUGGCAAGACGUAAAAUAUUGACCUAGGCCGACAACGAUAAGUUGACAAUCAAAAUGGCUUCCACGGUUCGAAAAGUUGUCACCGUCGCGUUAUCUGUGCUGACUUUUAGUUUGGCAGCCUCAGUCGAGCGCUGCGAGAGAGCAUGUUUGGAGGGUUUCAUCUCGGAUUAUCUGAACGCACUAAUAGCCCAUGAUCCAUCGACAUUGCCGACGACACCGGACGUAAAGUAUGUCGAGAAUGACCAGAUACUACCACUUGGGUCAGGAGAAUGGCACAUCGUCGAGUCGCUAGGCAAAUAUAAUCAUACAUUCUCGGAUCCCGAAGCAGGUCAAGUCGCGACCAUCACCACUAUUACCGAGAAUGGCGUGGGUGCGAUAUAUAUGGUACGCCUAAAGGUAGAGGAGGAUGGAAAGAUCAGUGAGAUCGAAACACAGAUCACACGCGACUCUGGUGGUUUCGAACUCUAUGAGCAACGAGGCCAACCAGAGCCUGUGUGGUUCGAAGCCGUGGCACCAGAGAACCGAAUACCCCGGGAUAUGCUGAUCUCCCAAACCAACAAAUAUUACACCGGCAUGCAGGGGAAUGACCCUAAUGGAGACUAUAGCUUCUUCGAUAAGGAAUGCAAUCGUCUCGAAGAUGGUCUUCAGACGACUAACGUAAAGACAGGGGAUCCCUACGGACACUCCAAUGACACAGCCUUCAUGUCUCUAACCUGCGAGGAGCAGUUCCAAACUGGGUUCCUUGGUUUCGUUACAAAGAUCCGCGAGCGCCAUUUCCCCGUAGUCGAUGAGGAGCGUCAAGUCGUUUUCGCUAUCACAACUCUCGACCAUAACGGGACGGUGAGAACGUUGCCCAGUGUAAAUGGAACGUCGUCGCCUAUCCCUCCAUAUUUCGAUACACCUCGGACUCUGAUUGCCAUGGAGGCAUUCCGUUUCAAUGGCGAAAAGUUAUAUCGCAUCGAGAUGACAUUGACUGAAGUCCCCUAUGGCAUGAAGGCAGGAUACCCUCAGGACCCACCAGUAGAUCUCACCGGACCCGGUACCAACUUCACGGUCUACCCAGAUCCAUGUGAUCGAGUUUGUCUCGAGAAUGUAGUAGGAGACAUAUUGAUGUCACUGAGGGUUCAUGACCACACGCGCUUGCCAUUUGCGAAAGGCACUCGUUAUUCAGAGAAUGGCCAAUUUCUUGCUUUGGGAGAUGGGUUAUGGCAGACGUUAGAAGCAAUUUCCUGGACGGAUAGCUACGCGGUAGUCUUGGCAGAUGAAGAAAGAGAAACAGCCGGUUAUUGGGGGUUUUCACAGGAGCAUAGUGUACCUGGCGUCCUAGCACUUCGAAUUGCAGUCGGUGGCGGGCAGAUAACUGAGGUCGAGGCACAUGCCGUGCGAGCAGAAACCAACGGGAGCCGUGGUGGAACGAUAACACUCAUGCGCCCGCCUCUACCGGUGGAGUGGGAAGGAGAUGAGUCGGCGGUGUUUGACGCCGCAUUCCAGGAACAUAGCGUCGAAGGUGUUGACAUUUCACCAGAUUUGUUAAAUGUUUAUUUCGACGGCAUAGAGAAGCAUUCGAGUGAGGGAGUACCAUUUGCUGCGGGAUGCACUAGACGAGACAACUUGGCUUAAACAAAUCUUACUUGUGCUGAUCAACUUGAUGGCAAGGGAGCGGCCCCGAAUGGUCUACCAAGUAACACGACAUCGGUUCGUGACCGACGCGUUCUCGCGGCCGACAAAAAGAGAGCGAUCGCGUUAGCUGUCUCCUUGAUCGACGAACCAGCUAAUGGACCUGAUCCAUCAGAGACGACACGUAUUCCAGGCACCUAUAUGGUUCCACAGUUAUUCAAGAUUGAUAACGGGACGAUCUCUCAGGUCGAAAGUGUUAUUAAGUGGAUGCCUUUUGGAUAUACGUCUGAAUGGUCGAAGCUGGAAAAC